GUCGUCAUAUCAUUUCCAGAUCCCCACUAGCAGUAGUAGAUGUGUCUCGUGAAAAAAAAACAAUAGACGCUGAGCACGGUUUCAGGUUCCCAGUCGAUUUUCCAGACAGCCUUUCUUUGAACACGGGCUGACACGUACCCAACUGUUUACUUGUGUUGAAAAAACUCCCUAGGAAAAGGAGGUACCUUCUUCUGCUAGGUUGACAUCCCUGUCCAUAUAUCUAGUGUUUUUUUGUGGUUGCAUAACCGAGUUAAGUAUGGAGGCAGGGGCGUGCGACAAUGCUGCUGCAGAACAGGGGGACUCUUCUGGGAGUAGUGAUGAAGGGACCAUGGACAAGGACACGGCACCAACAGCAGAGAGGGUAAUGGAAAGUGAGAGCAGGAUGAAGCAUCUGUUUGGGUUUGAGAAGGAGGACCUGUCCUCCUGGCAUCACCUGGUGUAUCUCCUAAACUGCCCGACUGACCCUGCUUCUCUGGGCAUCUUCCACUUCCUGUUUGCAUGGAACAACCACUCUUACCUUUACGGCCUCAUUGGCUUCCAGCUGACAUUCAUGGGAUGCCAAUAGAUAUUGGUCAAUAGAUGGAUUACGUAAUCCUAAGAAAAACAAUGCCCAAGUGCCACUUUGGAACUGUACUCUUCUGAGGGUUCAGAUUUCCAUAGUACACUUCAUUGCUGGAAUCAAGAAAUUGGAUGCAGACUGGGUGGGGAAUAUUUCAUGUCAUACUUGGCACACCAUUGGCUUUUUUUACCCUUUCAGGAUGAUUCUGCCUAAUGAAACGGUGAGUCUACUGGUUGUCCACGGAGGUGGUCUUCGUCUGGAUCUGUCUGCCGGCUGUCUGCUGUUUUUUUUGGCAUUUUCUUUGUCAGUUACUUUCACUGUAUGAAUUCCCAACUCUUCAGCAUCGGUGAGAACCCAUUGAUUAAUUGUAUUUAGUUAUCGUAACGAAUGAUCAAAUAUUAUAAUUCAAAGUACAAAAUGAUAAUAAUGAUCCACUAUUUAAGUUAAUCUAUAAUCCCCUAUUGAUCACAUUGUCCUUUAUUUUAUCUCUAGGUAUGUUUGCCUACGCCAUGCUGGCCAUGAGUCCUGUCUUCUGCUACCCCGACUGGCCCAGGAACUUCUUUAGUCGCUUCCCAGAGUUCUUCAUGCCAGUGCUGCCACUCACAUCUCCUUCCCCACAGCCCAGCAUCUCCUGUGUUUACCCAGAGACCCAAAACACCUCUGCAGGAUCCAUUCUGCCCCCAUAGCCUUCAAAACACGGUUUAAACACAAGCUGGCAACUCUGUUCACCAUUCUGUACCUGGCUGAACAGUUCUUCCUGGCUUACUCUCACUUCAUCACACAGGUGUUCACUCAGAGUCGGCGGUGGAAGGACCAUGGGGACAUGCUGAAGCAGUAUGCCACCUGCCUGAGCCGCCACCUGCCUCACUACAACAUCUCUGACAUCUGGGUGUCCAUCAAUGAACGCUUCCAACAACGUUAGGAUCUUUGACCCCCAUGUGAACAUUGUGAAGGCAGACUGGUCACCAUUACGCCCAAAUCCAUGGCUCUGUUGGUGGACCUCUCUCCCUGGAGGACAAAGUUUCAGGAGAUAAGAGGACUCUUUGGACAACCAGACAAUCUUCAUCGCAGACUUCCCAGGUCUCCACCUAGAUAACUAUGUCAGUGAGGACCUGGGCAACACCAGUGUGCAGGUGCUGCAGGGCCUGCUGAAUGUUGAGAUAGUGGAUGAGAAGGAGAACUACACGUUCCAACCUGGAGAGCAGAAGCAGCUUCCUGCUGGGGCUGAGGAGCCGUCCUGCUACAUGUACAUCUACGGCAACACCACAGAGGCAGCGCUACAGAGGAACUUCACUAAGCUGUUUGAACUGCAGGAGUGGGUCCGCAACGGAACAGAAACAGAGCCCCUGCUUCCAGAGCUCCUGCCUCCAGAGCUCCAGCCACUCAUCACUGGAGACAACGAUGAGGGGUCAGAGGUCAAUGUGACGGAUCCCGUCGUCCGGCUGUUUCUACGCCGACAGUGACGAACUAAGGAAGUGAAGAAGCACAGGGAAGCCAACAUGUUCGAAAGGCUGAACCGGUUUACUGUGAAAGUACUACAUGCUGCGGCAAACAAAUAUUUGGCAAUCGAUUAGGAAUGCCUUGGAUCGCGAUCGACUGGUUGGUGACCACUGGCUUACAGGCUCUGGCGAGGGUUGUCACUGGGGAGGAAACACAAAACGCCUGGGACAAGCUGAACAAAUGGGACAGCUGCCAGGACUGUACCCAAAUAAUUGAACUCCUUACAGGCCUUCUCUCCAAUCCAGACAUUCAGGUGAAUAUAUCAGCAGAACACCCCUGAACCAUACAUUUAAUAAUUCAUAAAAACACCCAUAACCAUCAGAUCACUACUAUUUGCAUUAUGAUGUCCAUUCACCUGGUUCAGUUUUUGUUCCUGGUUGUCGAAGUAAGGUUGAGGAUAGAGUCUUGAGGUUUCUUUUGAGCAAACCAGAAGGAAACACAGACGUUCAGUUCCUGAUAUGGUUUUCACCUGUAACACCCCUAUAACGGCCAUCUCAAACCCUCAUUCUACACUAGAAGUGGUACAGUAUGUGUGCGUUUCUGUUCUGCACUGCUGUGGUAUUAGAGACACCCUGUUUUCUAUCUAAACAUGAAAAGAAACUACUAAGUAUUUUACUGUAGCUUUUGAUACUUUCUUUAAUACGUGUUAAUGAUUACAGAACACAAUAAAUAUACUUAAUGCAUCUCAAAGUGAUUUCAGGAUCUUUCUCAACCUCUGCCACUCCUCCAUCCCCAGACCAAGAUCAGGAGCGAGCUGGAGAAACUGUGUGACCACAUGCCAGGUCCUGCAGCACCUAAACUGUGCCGGGAGCAGGUGGAUAAGAAUCUCCCACUGUCCUUCGCCUUCUUGACCAGCUUCGCCAAACCAGCUAAGGUGUGCUCCGUGUUGGGACUGUGUGGCUCCCAGUCAGAGGGCCAGCAGCAUGACCUGCUGAACAAUCACAUUCAAGACACUCUGAAGUCAGCCAUGACAAUGGUGCAGUUCUCACCACAAUGUACGUUCUGCGUUUAUCUCAUCAAGAUACUGAAGAAUAUGCUGCCAAAAAUGGCUGUGAUUGAUAUGCUGGGGAAGGUGUGUGGCAUUCUGCCCUCAUCUUACAGAGAUCAGUGUGAGAACCUGAUAGAGAAGUAUGGUAAGAUGCUGAUGGACAUGCUCCUGAGCUACAUCAACCCUGAGGCCAUCUGCACCCUCAUUCAAAUCUGUCAUGGCAUGGAGACGCUUGUCAGUGAGAGUGCUCCUCUGUCUGACUGUGACUCCUGUCUGACCCUGGCGGUUUUGACUCAUCUACAGCUGGGCUCCAAUGCUUCAGAGCCCCAGACCGCCUCCUUCCUGGGCUCUGUCUGCCAGCUCCACCCCAAUGCCAUCCCCAAGUGUGACGGCUUCACCAAGCUCCAUGGCCACCAGCUUAAGGGGGUUCUGGGUAAACCAGAGUCUGCCCUUAAUGUGUGUGAGAGGGUGGGUCUGUGUGGGGGAGUGAGAGAGGACCCAUGCAUUCUGGGCACCAGCUACAGGUGCCGAGACCUCAAGACUGCCCUGGAAUGCGGGGUAAGGCCACCAAACAAACCGUUUUAUUUGACCUUUCUUUUAGCAGGAAGUCCCAUUGAGACUAAGGUCUCUUUUUCACUACAUACAUUACAAUAUAAAAUACAAAAAGUAUAGUACUGAUUUCGUAACAACAAAGUUGUUUAAAUCUUGCUAUACAAUUUGUCUCAUGCAGACAGUGUCCUUCUGCCAGAAGUUUUUGUGGAAGUAAGAACCGUCACCCAGCACCUACUCACAAAGUGGACGGUAAGUUGACAUACAAUAUUUGUUUCAGAAAACUGGUUUCUACACACAACUCUGGUAAAUGUGGGUCCACUCUCUUUUCAGACUGACAAUCCCAAGAUUUAGAGCCUGAAGCCUUUGCUACGAUGAAUGAUCCCAAAGCUUUCAACAUCAAAUUGUAAAAACUUGAUAUUUACUGUGUCAAUAUCAGAGAACAUGUCCUGCAGACAUGGACAUUGAUUGCACGGAGUAUUUUGCAAUGAUAUUUUAUAAAGCUCUUUUGUCCUUAUCUGCUGUACACACUCUAUGAACUCCACAAAGCAAGUCAAUGAAUUCCUAGGGCUGGGGAUUUGUCAAGAGAACACAAUCGAGAUAUUGAAACUAGACAUUCUUUAUAUUUGCUGUAAAGGUGGCCUAGAAAAGGUACUGGGGAAAUGAUAAAUUAAACUAGGGCUGGAGGUGUUGACACACCAACGAUAUGAAGAACUACUGACUUGCAACGUGUAUGCUUGCGAUUUUAGCUGUACAUGUAGUCAUAAAAUCCUUCUCAAAUAUAUUAGUGUUCAUGCCCAUUCUCAUUGUUACUGAAAUGUUAAAAAUAAGGAGUGAUCAAAGCUAAACAACUAUAUCAAUUUACUCAAAUAAUAAAAAACCGUUUCCUUUACAGCGACUGACCCUUUUGUCUAAAUGGUGCAGUGCAUUCCAAACACUGUACAUUAUUGUCCUCAUACCUCUCCCAAUUCAGUUGCGUCGCUGUUACAGUGCCCAUGGACGUUAGUGCUGCAAGAGUAGCAUGUUGACCAGAACAAUUUUUUUUUUAUAGACACUUACGUACAGAAUGCUAGAAUAUACUUUUAUUCAGACUUCCCAUGUGGGGCAGCGUUUCUUUUGGAAAUGGAACGUUUGAGAAAAGGGAAGGGGUGUUUCGGGGUCAAGAGACAGGCUAUAUCACAUGUGAUGGGAUGGUUAGCAGUAGGCAGGGUUUGGGUGGCGAGGGUGGGAAAAGACUAGAAAAGGCACUUUUUCACCUUCAGUAACCAGACUGACAAGAAAGUAGAGAAAAUAAGACCCAGUCCACACAGACCCAGAGAGCAUUGUAAACAAGGCUGGUUUCUCUGUACAACACCAGCCAGACUUUUGCUUCCAUCUGUGGGCCUAUGAGAACAAAAAUAUUACAUUUGUUUUACUUCUGGGAGGUCAGUCAUCUCACAAACCCUCGUCGCUGAAAUAUAAAUAACACUGGCGAAUGCUUAGAGCACCACCUUGUGGCCGCAACCCGAAGUUUAUGUAGAACACUUUAAAGAUAGCUCGUCACUCCUGAUGAGGGGCUGAGUUUCUCUGUAACCACAGUCUAAGGAGGGGGAGUGCCUCACAUUACAUCUUCAAGUGACAAAGAACGAGAUAGAGAACUAGAGACACGGAAGGUACAUCCCAACAAGCCAGAGGUCAUUAGCAGCUUCUGACUCUGUAACACAUCAGAAAACAUGGUCUGAAGGGAUUACACUUCCAAACAAGGUACCAUAUUUUACCACAAACUCACGUUCCUCUUCACCAAUUACAUUUUUGGUUACGUCUAACAAAA